GGUCUCUGGGAGCCUGGUCACGGAGGGUGGGAUCGGAGGCGUGGGGCUGGGCAGGGCUUGGCUGGUCAUGUCAUCAGGGGGCGGACUGGUGGGCUUGUCUUCGGGCGGGGGCGGGGCCGUGACGAUGAAGUCUGGCAGCUCCUACAGCUCUUCUUCGGGUGGGGCGAUGAUGUCAUCCGGAGGCGCCGCACUGUCCGGGUUGGCCUCCUCUGUGACGUCAUCAGGGGGCGGGGCUACGAUCGUCAGGUCCAGCAGAACAGAGAUUUCCUCUUCCAUUGGCUCAAGUGACACCGCGUUGAUUACGUCAUCAGGAGUCGUCGGGGCUGUGACAAUGUCAUCAGGAGACUCCGCCCUAUCUGGCCUGGGCUCCUCUGUGAUGUCAUCAGGGGGCGGGGCUGCAGUUGUUGUCAAGUCCAGUGUCACGGAGGUCUCCUCCUCCGCCCUCGGUGGCGAGGCUGGUGGGCUGGCCACGAUGACAUCAUCAGGAGGCGCCGCGCUAGCGCCUGGGGGCGGGGAGGUGGUAGACAUCUCCGUGGUGACCAUGUCCAGCAGCUCAGAAGUCUCUUCCGGAAUGUCCGCUGGAGGGACUGUGAUGUCAUCAGGUGGAGUCGUGAUGGAGAGUGGAACAGCCAUGCUUGAGUCUGCUGGUGGGGCUGUGAUGUCAUCAGGCGGUGCUGGCUUGGUAUCAGGCGAGAUUGUGCAGUCCAGCGCAGUCGAGUUUAGCUCCUCCUCCUUCAGUAGCUCCUCCUCCGGCGGUGAGGUGGUGAUGUCAUCAGGAGGCGCCGGAGGAGCAGCGAUGUCGAUGGCAUCCGGAGGAGGGGCCUUGAUGUCUGGAGGCUCCGCUGAGAUGUCAUCAGGCAGCGCUAUCUUGUCUGGUGGGGGCUUGGAGAUGAUGUCAUCAGACAGCGCUAUCUUGUCUGGUGGGGGCUUGGAGAUGAUGUCAUCAGGUGGUGGGAUGGUGAUGGAUGGGGGCUCUGUUGUGAUGUCAUCAGGAGGCGGCCUGAUGUCAUCAGGUGGUAGCAUGGUGAUGGAUGGGGGCUCUGUUGUGAUGUCAUCAGGAGGCGGCUUGAUGUCAUCAAGUGGUAGCAUGGUGAUGGAUGGGGGCUCUGUUGUGAUGUCAUCAGGAGCCGGCUUGAUGUCAUCAAGUGGUAGCAUGGUGAUGGAUGGGGACUCUGUUGUGAUGUCUUCAGGAGGUGGCCUGAUGUCAUCAGGUGGUGGAAUGGUGAUGGAUGGGGGCUCUGUUGUGAUGUCAUCAGGAGGCGGCCUGAUGUCAUCAGGUGGUGGAAUGGUGAUGGAUGGGGGCUCUGUUGUGAUGUCAUCAGAAGGCGGCCUGAAGUCAUCAGGUGGUGGAAUGGUGAUGGAUGGGGGCUCUGUUGUGAUGUCAUCAGGAGGCGGCCUGAUGUCAUCAGGUGGUGGAAUGGUGAUGGAUGGGGGCUCUGUUGUGAUGUCAUCAGGAGGCGGCCUGAUGUCAUCAGGUGGUGGAAUGGUGAUAGAUGGGGGCUCAGCUGUGAUGUCAUCAGGAGGCGUCAUGUCCAACAGCUCCUCCUCUUCCUCCAGCUUCUCAGUGGGAGGCACGGUCUCCAGUGGGGAAAUCAUAAUGACAACAGCACAGUGAUUUUACUCAUGUCCUGAACACACACCUUCUUCCUCUUCGUACCUGUACCUUUUUUCUUCAGUAAAACAAUAAAACAUGAA